AUGGGUACUCCUAAGCAACCACUAAAUUUCAAGUUUCCAAAACGCACUUUUGGAAUAAAAAUCCUGAACAGCGCUCAUUCAAUGUUCAGUGCAAGGCUUCACUAUGAUGAGGACGCCGGUUGCAACAACAACAACAACAGCAAAGGCAACAACAAUAUAAAAGACAUUUUAGGCACAUGUAAAGAUAACUGCAUAUUAGCAUUCACAGAUGGAUCUGCCAUUGGGAACCCUGGUCCAACUGGAGCCGGAGCUGCAGUAUACUUAAAUGGCUAUGACUCUAUCCCAGUUUUAUUAAAAAGGUCAGUGAGCAAAAGGGGAAAUAACUUUUCUGGGGAAAUUGUUGGUAUUGAAAUUGCUCUGGAAUUCUUGUCUGAAGUAACAAGUCCAACUGCUAAAAAGAUACAUAUAUUUACAGACUGUCAGGCAGCAAUAACAUCAGUGUUCUGUAAAGAAGUACCAACAAAAAUGAUAGAAAACAUCAUCACAAUCAAGAAAUAUUUGGCAAACCUACAAGACAGAAAAUAUGAAAUAGAAAUUCACUGGAUCCCAGGCCAUAAAGAACUUACAGGAAAUGAAUUGGCAGAUUCUCAGGCAAAAGCAGCUGCAUCUGAAAUGUGUACAUCAGAUAGUGAGGAGAACACAGAGAAGAGAGAUGCAAGGGAAGUUGUCAGAAUUAUGAAAGAAAAAAUAAAAGAAAAAUGGAACAACAAAUACAGCCUGUCAGAAAAUGUUGAAAAUAUUCAAGAAGUUUAUCAGCAAGCAGGAGUUAGGUCGUUGGUGGGAGAGGAAAACAGGGAAACUUUUUGUAUGAUCAAUCAGCUAUUAAGUGGACACACAAGAUUAAAUGCACACUGGUCAAAAAUUGAUUCAACAAAAUCAGCAAUGUGCUGCCAAUGCAAAGUUCCAGAAACAGCACAACAUUACAUAUUCCAUUGUGCCAGAUUCACAAAACAAAGAGAGACACUUGAACGGGACAUAGAGACAAUACUAUAUAGAGAAAAUAUUAGUUGUGGAAAUAUAUCAAUGGCCACCCUAGUAGGAGAACUGGCUGAUAUUAGGGUUGAGGCAAGGAGAGAAUUAAUAGAAGUUUUCAGCCAAUAUAUUCAAAAUUCUGGUCGCUUCAGCAGCGAAUCGGAAUAA